AUGCCGGGCAACCUGACAGCGCUCCGGGAGUCGGAGAACAUGCCGCAGCCAUCGCCGCUCGUCCAGGAGUACAUUCAGCUCGCCCCGGGCGCCGUCCACCCGGAGGACUUUUCUGGGUAUCACGCCGCGCUCGAGGACUCGAUUGCUGCGCCAGCCGUGCCCGUGGUGCCCCUCGAGGACAGCAGCUGCAGCAACGACAGUGACGACGAUGACGGGCUCUACGACGAGAUGGACUUUGGCGGCGUCGAGGACGAGUAG